UUGCUGAAAAAAAUGGCUGUAAUUGAUGCCGCACUGUUAGAUGUUAAUUUCAGAAAACAGGACGAGAAUAAGAGAGAUUUGAUAAGAAAACUGCAGUCACUUUUUCCUGGUGUGUAUGGGAGAGUUGUUGACCUGUGUUCGCCCAUUAAUGAUGAAUAUAAAAUUGCAGUGACAAGAGUCAUAGGUAACAAAAUGGAUGCAAUUGUUGUUGCUACAGCAAGAACCGCUAUUCAGUGUGUGGGUUACCUCAGAGAACAGCGUUUACGCGAGACAUUUCUCCCACUCGAUAAUCUUGAUCCGAAGGACUACCAUCAUUUGCUUCACAACAAACCUUUUAUCAGAGAUGGUUAUGCUACAGUGUUGCUUGAUUUACUGUGUUUCAAUCAGAAUCUGAGGAAAGCUAUUGUGACAGUAACAGGGAAUGUGGUGGUGUGCACCAGUGACGGUGUGGCCCAAAGUAUUGCUUAUAAUGAAAACAACAGAUGUGAUGCUGUGACACUUGAAGGGACAUUAUACAAAAGGAGUGGUCUAAUUGUUGGAGGAAUGAUGGAGUUAGAGCGUAGAUCAGAGCGAUGGCUGUCUCAAGACAUCAUAGAACUUAGACUGCAGAAGAAACAGCUGGAAAAGGAAGUGAAGGACAUCAACUUAACCAUUAAUAAAAGAAUACAACAAAAGUCUGCUGUUGAAACAGAUAUAUUUGAACUAGAAUCGGAGAUGAGUAAAUAUAAAGCAUUGCUGAAGAACAUUGAAAAUGAGAUGACUUACACCGAACAGAGAACUGCUCAGAUUAAGAGCAAUAUUCAGACAUCAGAGAAUAUCAUCACUGAUGUGAGAAAUAAAUUGGCGGAACGUCAGAAGUUGAUGGACGAUCUACGACAAAAGAUUGAAUCCAUUAAGGAUCAUGUGUUCCAGAAUUUCCUCAGAGAGCUAGGGAGUCCCAGCAUUUAUGUGUUUGAACAGCGUGAUUACAGGAUAUACAAGGAGAAACUUACAAAGAAACUAGAACUGCAGGAAAAGCUGGAGUUCCUAAAGCAGCAAAAGAAUUUUGAAUUGUCCCAGAGUACUGCAGACAAAAUAGACCUGUGGACAAAAAUAGUGAGGGAAAAGCAAGAUAUGUAUGAGGAUCUGCAAAAGGAGGAGGAAAGGUUGAGUAUUGAGUUAGCAGCCCACAAUGAUGAUUCAGCUACUCUGGACAGAAAAAUAAAAGAAGCAGAAGCAAGAGAAGAAAUCAUCUCAGAAAAAAUUAAACAGAUAGAGAAGAGAAUCAGUACCAGAGAUCAUGAGAAGUGGAUGUUAUCAACAACUAUGGAAGUUCUUGAAACAAAUUUGAAGCAGCAGCACCAGUGGCAUAUAAAAUAUUUGUUCGAGAGCAAAAUGAAGAAUAUUGAUCUGCCUUUUGUGAGAGGGAGUUUAGCUGAUGUGUCAUUAACAUCAUCUUCUUCUGAUACUUCUGCAGAGAGGACAGUUCUUCGAAGUGAUGAGGUUGAAGUAGAUUUCAGUGACCUUACUGAAGAAGACAAGUCACUUUCUGCAGAAGAUUUUGACAGUUUGAUUGUUACUAUGGAAUCUGAAAUUCAAGAUUUGGAAAGCAACUCCCUGGAUUCCCCAGACAUAGCACAGGUCACAGAAAGAGUGAACAUGUGGGAGGAUAAAAUGAAAGAAAUCAAUUUCAAACUGAAGAGAGAGACUGCCAAGACAAACAAUUUGAGAAAUAAUUUUGAAAAUAUUAAGAGAAGACGUUUUGAAGCAUUCAUGGCUUGCUUCAAACAUGUGUCAUCUAUGAUCAGUAAUAUAUACAAGGAUUUAAUGCAGAGUGACUUGUGUCAUGUUAUGCUGACACUUGAAAAUGAGGCGGAGCCAUACCUUGGUGGUGUACAAGUGUGCUUUGUAGAACAUGGAAAGCCUUGUAUUGGUAUGGCAUCAUUAUCAGGAGGUGAGGCUGUUAUGGCUGGACUUGCACUCACAUUUGCAUUACACAGCUUCUUACCGUCACCAUUGUUGAUAUUUGAUGAAGUGGAUGAUGCACUUGAUGCAAAUAAUAUUGACAGACUUGUGAGAUAUGUAAACAGCCACAAAGAUUCAAUGCAGAUUACAGUAAUCACUCUGAAUAAAAAGAUUGCCGCUGAGUGUGAUGUUAUUGUGGGAGUGUGCCCAAAUCAUAUCUUCAAAGAACAUUUAGUUACCAAAGUCAUAACACUCAAUCUAAGUUUGUAUCCAAAAGAUGGAGAAACACAGUUGAAGAAGCUAAUAGAAAAAUCACAAGCUGUGAGAGAAAAGGAAGGUCAAUAACCAGUGUUAUCAUACGCAGAUAGAAACAAUGUAGGACUCUUCAGCAGAAAGGGGAAUUUAAAUUAUCAGAUACAUUUUCUUAAGUUCUGUUAUUGAGAGUAAUUUGAAGUGCCUUACUGUUACCUUCUGUACAAUAUACGAACUGUUGUCAGUAAACACGGAUGAAUAGAACUUAUAAAUUCCAUAGAUUUAUUUGCAGUUGUUUGGAAUACUAGUAUGUUCCUUCUUUCCUAUCAACUUACACAAGGUUAAUGAUGUCAUGGUACUUUAAGCAUGAAUAUUUUGGAUUGAUUUUUUGAUUAAGUGUAAUGAAAAAUGGUACUUAUAAAGCAUGAGCCUGAUGUGGGCACUGCAAAAAGAGCAGUCAAAGUUGCAUGAGAACUGAGCACGGCAUAUCUAUUUUGGCUGUUUGAUUAGUGAUUUACUGAAAC